AUGAAAGGCUCUUCUUUCUCCUUGUGUCUUUUCUCUACUGUGUUUUUGCUCUUGAUGUUGCCCUCUUUGGGACUGAAAAGACUCCAUUUGGGAAGCUGUGUACUCUCCAUGAACUUUCAAGAAAUGAGGAAUGAGUUUUUGGAGAUCAAAGGCUAUGUGCAAGCUGAAGAUGGAAAUUUAGACAAGAGAAUCUUGAAGAGCUCUGAGGCGUUGCAAGACACGAAGCCCACAGAAAGGUGCUGUUUUUUCCGCCAUUUAUUGAGGUUCUACCUAGAUAGAGUGUUCAAAAACUACCAGACAACCAAUCACCACAUUCGCCGGAAGGUUAGCAGCCUUGCCAACUCUUUUCUUGGAAUCAAGAAGGAGCUUCGGCUCUGUCAUGACCACAUGAUAUGCCACUGUGGAGAGGAAGCCAAGAAAAAAUACACCCAGAUUCUGAGUCAUUUUGAGGAGCUAGAUGCUCAGACAGCUGUGGUAAAGGCCCUGGGAGAGCUGGAUAUCCUCCUGAGAUGGAUAGAAAAGACCAAAUAA